AUGUCGUACCCUCGUCUUCCCCUGCGCGGCGUUCUGGUUAGGUGUUCUCACCACCCCACCACGUUGCGGGGUGGAUGCAGGCGUUAUCCUAGGAACAUGGAUACUGACUACUGCCUUAGUGACCCGCCCUCGUCCUGCUCUGCUGGCCCUCUCGGAGAGGAUCUGUUCCACUGGCAAGCAACUAUCAUGGGUCCUAGCGACUCGCCAUACUCCGGAGGCGUUUUCUUCCUCAACAUUCACUUCCCUACCGACUACCCCUUCAAGCCCCCAAAGGUCAACUUCACCACUCGUAUCUACCACCCCAACAUCAACUCGAACGGCAGUAUCUGUCUGGACAUCCUGAGGGACCAAUGGAGCCCUGCUCUCACAAUCUCCAAGGUCCUCCUUUCCAUCUGCUCGAUGCUCACAGAUCCCAACCCCGACGACCCGUUGGUGCCCGAGAUCGCCCACGUCUACAAGACUGACCGACCCCGGUACGAGUCGACUGCUCGCGAGUGGACCCGCAAGUACGCUAUCUAA